CCGGAAGUAGACUUUCUGACAGUAGUGACGCUGGCAUUACAACAUAUUCGGUAGGAGGCUGUUAUUGUCCGCUUUUCUGUUAUUUGUUUGUCAUUUAGGUGAAACCUAUAUGGACCUUGUUGACACAUAUUAGCCUUUUCAGUCUUUAAAUAUUCAAACAAAUGUUCCACAGGGAUGGGAGUGAGUUGUUAGCCUAGCUAGUGUAAGCUGUGACACCUGGAGCUGUGACGCCAUCGCGGUUGAGGACAUCCUGGACAGGUCGGUUCUGGCUUGAAUGAAGUAGCUGUUUGUUCUCCAAAGCAAUGGCCAGUCCAAAUGAUCUACAGUUCCAAGAGUUUGAGGAAGCAACAGAGCUGUUGUCCGCAGACCCAGGGGCUUCCACAUUCAGCAUAUCCUCAUCAAACUCCACCACUGCAGCUGGAACAGGAGGAGGAGGAGGAGGAGGAGAAGAAGUUAAACUGGACUUGUCAGAGGAUGAGGAGGAUCAGGAGGAGAGUUCAGAGUUGUUAGGACAGAAACAGACUGGUGGCUUCUGGACCUUUGAGUAUUAUCAGUCGUUCUUCAACGUGGAUACAAUGCAGGUUUUGGACAGAGUUAAAGGCUCAGUGAUGCCUUUACCUGGAAGAAACUUUAUCAAACACCACCUUAGGAAUAACCCAGACCUAUACGGUCCAUUCUGGAUCUGUGUAACUCUGGUGUUCUCAGUGGCCAUCAGUGGAAACCUGUCCAGUUUCCUCAGUGAGAUGGGAAACCCCGCGUUCCACUACAGACCUCAGUUCCACAGAGUAACGAUAGCUGCUGUAGUGAUCUUCUUGUACGCUUGGCUGGUGCCUGUUGGUCUGUGGGGUUUCCUAACCUGGCGUCAAGGGACUGAGCGGCAGAUAGGAGGAUAUUCUUUUCUGGAGACUGUGUGUGUCUAUGGCUACUCCCUAUUUAUUUACAUCCCCACCUCGAUUCUGUGGAUCAUCCCUUUUGAGUGGUUACGCUGGACACUAAUCGUGGUUGCCAUGGUGAUCUCUGGCUCAGUCCUGGUCCUCACCUUCUGGCCUGUUGUCCGUGACGACACCAAAGCGAUGGCAGUCGCUACAGUUGUGACCAUAGUGGUUUUGCACACACUCCUGGCUAUUGGCUGCAAGAUGUACUUCUUCCAGACAGUCAUCCAUCCACCAGCCCCAGUCCCAGUCCCUACAACCCCUCCAGUUCAUGUCUCAUUGAGCACCAAAUCCCACUGACCAUUGGGAAAGAGGUGGAGACAGAACCUAAAGGCUGCGUCUGAUUGGUCUGAAGCCCCACAUAGACGUAACACUGUGUUUAAAUACAGACUGGGAACGGCAGUGUUGAUUAUUGCUGCUGUGUGAUGUGGUGGUUGUUCCUUUGAUCAACAGCAGGGUUGGGUGUGUGGUUGUUUUGUCUAAUUUAUCCUCAGAUGGUUCUAAUGUGACAGACUUAAAACUCUGCAAUAACUGUAGAUUUGUGACUGUGAUGUUUGAGGAUGCGGUGCAUCUUAUCAGUCUGGUGCAGCUUUCUCAACACUGAGACUCCACUCAUUUCAGCAGCACCUUUAAGCCAGAGGUAGAGGACAUUAAAGAAAAUCUCAUAGACUAAAGCUGAGGCUCAGUAACGUGUUCAUGUUGUGUGAGGAUUGGUUUGGAGUCUGUAGGUCUGGGACCUGGUUGUUUGUUGACAUGACCUUGAGUUUGUUAUUUUGGCCGUCACCACCUUGGUUCAUCUGAAGAAUAACCAUAAAAUUAAAUUUGGAUAAAAAGGUGGAGCUGGUGAAGAGUGAGACGUGAAACUCAGUAACAUUGACCACAAUAGUUAACACCAACUGCAGCAACAGGGAAUUUCAGCUUUUUUAACACAUACAAUCAUUUUUCAUUACUUAUACAUGACAUAAAGACACUAAAUAAUACUAUCUGGAGCGUUUAGCAAUCCACUGACACACACUGUAGUCCAAAGCAAAAUAAUAUUAACACUGCCUUGUGUAAGUUAGUGAUGGUAACAAGUUCAGUAUUCCAAUUUACCACAACCCUGUGACAGUCCUGUUAGUUUAACUUUCCAACCACAAAUACAAUACAUUUAUCUAUCAGGAGAAAAUAUGUUUAUAUCAUAGACUGAAGGUUAGACCAUAGACCAUUGGUUUCCAAUUUUCGAGUCAGUAGUUUCUGAUUUGGCUGCUGCCAUGUUUUAAUGACCGUAUUUAGACAAAAGGGGUGGAACUACAGGAGCCUGAUGAGUCAAAGUUAAUGCCGUAAAACUGUGAACUUCAUCAAACACUGGGUAACAAAGUCAUUUUACAGUUUUAUGAGUGAAACCUAUUAACUACAACUACAGUGGAGCUGUUGUCAGGAAACGUGUUUUAUUAAAUAAAAAGAAGCUCAGAUCCGUCAGAUUUCAAGACAGAGGAGUAAUGUAAAGAUGGACCUGAAGACCACCUUGACGAACCACGGCCUUGUUUAAGUACAACUGUCAGCCUUAAUAUCACUGAAGUAUCUGAGUUCUAAUAACAUGUUGUCCUCACAAGUGGACUCAUCCUCAAGUGAAGAUUUAAGGAACUACAGUCUAAACAGAUCAGAGCCCUUCCUGAACUUGGUAAACAGCCUCUUGUCAUGGAUAUAGGAAACCAAGAGUUGGUGGCUAAUGUUCACAAACAACCAGCCUCCAGCACAAAACUCCAACACAACCUUCAUGUAUACAUGUGCAAAUCUGACACAUUAAACUUCUGAAACAACCAAUCAUAAACAGAGCUGAUACUAAUGUUUCCCUCUCAUGAUGGCCUAUACUAUAACUAUAGGACUCUACAGCCUAGACGGAUACUCCUGUCAUUUGCAUGUCACAACAGUUUGGUUUUUGUAGCAGGUGGAUGCAAAAGUGAUUUAAUGACAAUGUGAUUCCUAAAGACGUGGUCUAUUUGCACUUGUGAAAACUGUCCAAAAGCAGGAUUACCUAAACUGUGGUGCAUUAUUUUCAUUUGAUGAAUGUAAUACAUCAGACCUCAUGUCCAAACUCCCUCCACUCUAUUCUGUGAAUGUAUCCUAUGGACCAGCAUGCAUCAGGAGGCCAUUCCAAAUGUAGAACACAUCACUUCUACUGCCUGAACGUACAGAAAGAGUCAAAAUGACUGAACUUGCAUUAUUUCCUGAAGAGAGGUGAAGGUUUGUCUGCAGAACUAUUUAUUCCCUACUGUGAUCAUGCUAUGUGGAGUUUUUGUUAAUAAACCUAGAAUCUUUCCUCCU